AUGAAGGGGUUGACCAUACUGUUGGUUUACCUCCAUCUGUCAGAUGGUCUGGACAGAAUUACUCUGAAAAGAGGGAAGUCCAUUGGAGAGAACAUGAAGGAGAAAGGAGCACCGGUGGGAUCGCUGAAAAAGCACUGUGUUGAUCCUACAUUAAAAUACCAGUUGGAUGGAUAUGGUGUUGUUUAUGAAUCCUUAAGCAAUAACUUGAAUUCUUUCUACUUUGGAGAGAUCAGUAUUGGGACUCCACCACAGAAUUUCCAGGUUCUCAUGGACACUGGAUCUUCCAAUUUCUGGGUGCCUUCCACGUAUUGUAAAAGCAUGGCCUGCGAUAAUCACAAAAAAUUUGACCCUAGUGUGUCCUCCACAUAUGAGAAGCCAGGCCAGACCUACACCCUCUUCUAUGGGAUUGGUGAUGUGACCGUCAAGCUAACCCAUGAAACUGUGAGGGUCCAAAAUAUCAUGAUACACAAUCAGACAGUUGGUCUGGCUGAGUAUGAAGCCUUCUUUCCUUUCUACUUUGCCAGUUUUGAUGGUAUUUUGGGGAUGGCUUACCGUUCCCUGGCUACAGGAGAGUCAUAUCCUGUCACGCAGCAGAUGGUGAGACAAGGACAGCUUUCUGAGCCCAUUUUCAGCUUCUAUUUUUCACGGCAACCAACCAUUCAGUAUGGAGGGGAGGUGAUCUUUGGUGGCAUUGAUGAUCGGCUGUUCACUGGGGAAAUUUCUUGGGCACCUGUCACCCAUGAAAAGUACUGGCAGAUUGGUAUGGAGAAAUUCUCCAUAGGCAACAAGGCUACUGACUGGUGCAGCAAAGGUUGCCAGGUGGUGGUAGACACUGGCACCAGCCAACUUACUAUACCAGGGCAGUACCUGAAGAGUUUUCUUCAGGCUGUGGGAGCCAAACAAGCUGGAGAUGGUGAGUUUUUAGUGAACUGCAACAACAUCCAGAAAAUGCCCACCAUCACCUUUGUUAUUAAUCGAUCCCAAUUCCCACUGCCUCCCUCCGCCUAUGUUACUAAGAACAAUGGAUAUUGUACAGUUGCAGUGGUGGCCACGUACUUGCCUGCUGUGAAUGGGCAGCCUCUGUGGAUCUUUGGCGAUGUCUUCCUCAAGGAGUAUUAUUCUGUCUUUGAUAUGGGCAACAACAGGAUCGGCUUUGCACCAUCAGCUUAG